AUGACUCGUGUUAUGAUAUGCGGUGAUUUGGUAUGGGCUCACAAGGAGUGCGAGGAGCUGUUGAAUGGCAUUGCAGAGGUAGUCCGCAUGGACUCGUCCGACCGAGCCGAUUUCCUCACGAGUCUUCAGCCUGGAGGAAAGUACGAAGGCAUCACUGGAUUGUAUAGGCACAACGUGUCGACGGACCGCAUAGGCGUGUUUGAUAAGGAGAUAAUCGACGGCCUCGCGGCAACCGGAGUGAAGUGGAUCGCGCACAACGGCGCUGGAUACGACCAAAUAGACGUCCUUUAUUGCAAAGAGAAAGGUAUCUUCGUCUCGAACACCCCAGGUGCUGUUGACGAUGCGACCGCAACUACGGCGCUCUACCUGCUCAUCUCCGCCCUGCGGUGCUUCUCCAGGGCCGAACGCUCUGUUCGCGCAGGAGCAUGGAAGACGACGCACUCCGCAGGCGAGGCUCAUGAUUUAACGGGACACACGAUCGCCAUCCUGGGACUGGGUGGGAUAGGUCUGCGGCUGGCAGAGUUUGUACACGCGUUCCCAAUGCGGGUCAUUUAUCACAAUCGACACAAAGUCGCUCACGUACCCGACUGGUGCGAGUACUACGGCGCUGACCGCCUCGACGAGAUGUUGGCAGAGGCAGAUGUGCUGAGCGUACAUGUGCCACUGCGUGACGACACGGUUCACUUGGUAGACGAGGCGAUGAUCCGUAAGCUGAAACCUGGUGCGGUGAUUGUCAAUACGGCGCGGGGGAAGGUUAUCGACGAGGCAGCGAUGAUUAGAGCACUCGAAGACGGCCACUUAUCGGCGGUUGGUCUGGACGUCUAUCCAGAUGAGCCGCAAGUGAACCCGCGGCUAUUCGAUUUCAAGAAUGCGACACUUCUGCCACAUAUGGGCACCGAAACGUGCGAUUCGCAGAAGAAGAUGGAGAUAAGAGCACUCUCGAACCUGAGAGACUACCUGACGAAGGGGAAAGGGAGCGAUAUCAUCCCGGAGUUCAGGUAG